AUGGCUGGCACCAGGCUUGCAGCCCACCUAUUCUUCCUCGUCUUCUCGUUGAUAAGCGUCCUGGUGGCAUGGCGGCUGGGAGUCGUCAAGCGCGCCCCGCUGCCUCUGAAGAACAUGGCAAAUCCGCACUGGUAUCAUCGUGGACAACAACAACCGCCGGCGGCGGCGUCGGCUGCUUCUUCUUCGCUGUUGCCAACUCCUGAAAGCAGGGGGCCGCUUCCCCCUCCAGUGGACAUCGACGUGGUCCUCCUGCGGAGUCCACGCGACGGGGACUGCCCUUCCUGCGCAGCGGCGCUGGACGCGAUGCAGGAAGCCUCAGCGGCGGCAACCGAACAAGCGGCGGCAACAGAACAAGCGGCGGCGGCGGCGGAGCCGAGUCUUGAAGGAGAAGGUGUCACUUCUACAGCAGCAUCAACAGCAGCAGCAGUGCCGUUGUUCGUCAUUCGAGAGGUGAACCUCCGCGUCAUCCACGGGGACGCCGCCGCGCCCCCGUCGUUGGCCGGCGACGGCGGAGACGGGCCGGCGACGGCCCUCGACGAUUGGCUCCAUCGAACGCACGUCUUGCCCGCGACAGAGCUCGGCAGCACGGCAGGAGGAGAGCCUUCUUCCGCAGGAGGCGGCAGCAGAAGCAGCAGCACCGCCGUCGCCGCCGCCAACUCAUCGCCGCGAUACACGUUCUUCAUCGCGUGUCCCGGGGCCGGAGACGCGGGGGAACUGCCGAUCUUCACCAUGGGCAAGCACAGACACGGCUACCUCGGGCUAGGUUGCGCGUGCUCCGCUUCUUGCGCGGCGGGUGGCGGCGGCGGCGGCGGCGGCAACAGCAGCGGAGCAGCGGCAGUUGAAGGAAAGAGCAGCCGCGAUUCAUCGCACGAUGCGGUAGGCCUGGCUUCGGCGGCGGCCUUGGCCGUCCUCCAGGCCCUCGCGGGAACGAUCGCGGCCCACGUGCUGCGGUCGUCGGUCAAGGCUGGCGACGUGCACGUGCGCCAGGGACAGGCGUACCGGCUCGACUUUUCGCUGCUUAGCGAGGACCCCGCCCUCCGGAGGUGCGCGUGGGACUUCGCGGGAGCCUCGAGGAGAUACCUGAGGCCGAUGCUCCGGAAGCUGAGUCCGGUGGCGAGCUUCGCUGUGCAGUCCCAAGAGGUCCAGUACGCUCGCCUGUCCGCGGGACCCCCGCGACUGUAUAACGCCAGGAGCCGCUGGUACUAUUCUCCCAGAGACCUCGAGGGCUUCUUGGGCACGAACGACUUCUCGACCCUCGACCUCGCGGCGGGGUGGGGGCCAGACGACGACGGAGGCCGCACGGCGGCCGCAGAUGGCGGCGAGAUGGCCACCGCCACCGCCGCCGUGUCGACGACGAGCUCGCCGCACAGCCAGGUCCCCGUGAGCUUCAUGAUGUUCUGCCCUUCGCCGGCAACCUCGCCGCUGGUUUUCAUGGAGGAGUGGGUUGGGGCCGGCGGUCGGAACCGGCCGUUUGCAGAGGCCUACGAAGUCCCGGGCUUCGGCGGGGUCUCGGUGGUUAAUAGUAACGCGGGCGAGGAUGGCGGCGCCAUCGACGUCCUAGAGCCGGACCGGCUCCGCCGGGCGUUCGGCGCCCACGUGUCUCAGCUCCGUCGGAUCAUCGGGCUCCCCAGGCCGUCCGAUCGGCCUUCCGAGGUGCCCUGGCCCUGGCUACCGCAGCCGGCAGGGGCGAGCGGUAGCAGCGAGAGAGGGCUGUGCGGCGGUUGCCCGGCGGAGUCGUUGUCCCGAGAGAAAUACACCGAGCUUCCUUUGACUUUCCUGCCGUCUCCGACCGACGGGGUCACGGACUGGGAGGUCGACGCCUUGCUUCGCGCCGGGAUGGCGAGAAACCGUGCGGCGGCGGCGGAGACCCUCCGGUCCCUAGCGGAGCUGGUGGAUUCGCAGCCGGAGAUGGAGGUCAGCGAGAAAAUCGCGGAGGAUGUGUCCGCGGCCAUCGCGGCGCUCGUCAAGUCGGACGCCUCGGUGUCAGACGCCAUGACGGCGGCGGCGGCAACAGCAACGGCAACAACAGCAACUGGUUGCGGGGGAUCCGAGUCGGUUGCUUCUUCUGUUCGGAACGACGAGUGGGCGGGCGCGGAGGCGAUGCACUGGGCGAGGGAGGCGCUCCGCAGGUCGGAGGCGGCGUACUUCGACCCGACCAUGGUGCCGCAGCUUUACUUCCCGCAGGACCACCUGAUGGCGGUGUACUUUCCGUUCCUGGCGCCGCUGGCGUUCCCCCUCAUCUUUGGCUUCGCCCAGGAGCUGCUGAGAUAUUAUCGCAAGAAAAAGGCGAAGCAGCGGCAGGGUGAGGCUGGCGGCGCUGGUGUUGAUGGGAGCGGUAGCCAAGGCGAUGCCGCGAUGCGAUAGCCGCGGGCGUGCGUUCGAAGAGCCCUUGAGAAAGUGUUUUUCUUGACGAUGGGUCUAGAAGAUGCUGGGGGGGAGUUUUAGCAUGGUGUGGACAUAUGUCAAGAGUUUUUGUGGGGUGCCGGUUGGAUUUGACAAGGGCUUUUACAACGUCGGUGCUGGGGCUGUAUCGGUAUAUUUACUACUUGCAGAUUUUUAUUCUGUGUCUAUCGUAUGUGUGGGUGGGUGUUGUGUUUGUUUGUUUGUUUGGAGGAACAUAAAUGUUUGUCAAGACUACGUGCACGAAAGCGACCCCCUGCUACUUGCCUUUCCGGGUUCGGCUGUGUCUGGUCCGUCCGACCGAGUGCCUCCAAGCUUGUGGUUUGUGUCGUCAGUCUGCUGCGCGCUGGUACAACGUUUGUUGUUUUUUUGGAGGAGUGGGGAGUGGUGGCAUGCGUUUGCAUGACCACAUAUUUUUUGUGGGUUUUUGCUGUUAUGUUUUGGCUGGAUCGGAACGUCCAUGAGUGAAUAAGAAUGGAAACAGAAUCCG